AUGAAAUCUAUCUAUCUAUCUAUCUAUCUAUCUAUCUAUCUAUCUAUCUCUCAAUUUGUUUCUAUCUAUCUCUUCCUUCUAAGGACUACCAAACCACCUUCAUAUGCGAUAGUCCUUCCAAGGACUACCAAACCACCUUCAUAUGCGAUAGUCCUUCCAAGGACUACCAAACCACCUUCAUAUGCGAUAGUCCUUCCAAGGACUACCAAACCACAUUCAUAUGCGAUAGUCCUUCUAAGGACUACUAAACCACCUUCAUAUGCGAUAGUCCUUCUAAGGACUACCAAACCACAUUCAUAUGCGAUAGUCCUUCCAAGGACUACCAAACCACAUUCAUAUGCGAUAGUCCUUCCAAGGACUACCAAACCACAUUCAUAUGCGAUAGUCCUUCCAAGGACUACCAAACCACCUUCAUAUGCGAUAGUCCUUCCAAGGACUACCAAACCACAUUCAUAUGCGAUAGUCCUUCCAAGGACUACCAAACCACAUUCAUAUGCGAUAGUCCUUCUAAGUACUAAACCACCUUCAUAUGCAAUACUCCUUCUAAGGAUUACCAAACCACAUUUGUAUGCGACUGCCCUCUUAAGGACGAACAGGUUACCUCGGCACUGCCUACUACGAUCGUCUCUCUUCGUGAACGCCGACGCGGUCCGCUUGCGGGGUGAACAUCCGAGGAUCAAUCUGGGCCUCGGAUACAGCAUUUUCCAUUUGCCUGCUUCUGAGCUGCCGCCCUGA